AUGCGGUUUAAUGUUCUGCUUCCGGCCCUGACGUUCAUCGUCGGGACUCUGGCUCAGGAUGAGGAGGACACCCAGAACGAGCCCAAGCGCUUCAUCGUCGAGUUCACUAAUGGCAUCAACACUAUAACAAAACGCGACGAGCUCGCUUCAGAAGAGGGCAUCACCGUCCUCAAGACAUUCUCCUCCUCGCUCUUCUCCGGCGCCGCCGUCGAGACGGACACCCACAACCUCGACUCCCUCCGCACCCUGCCCGCCGUCGCGGCCGUCUGGCCCAACAGCUACGCGCACCUCGUCGCGCCCGUCAAACGGCAAGUCGCUGUCGAGCCCGGUGCUGCGGGGAGCUACGCCGUGCACUGGGCCACGGGCGUCGACGCGCUCCACGAGCAGGGCGUCCGCGGCGACGGGGUCAAGGUCGGCGUCGUGGAUACCGGGGUGUGGUAUAACCACUCAGCCCUCGGCGGCGGGUUCGGGGAGGGGUUCAAGGUUGCGGGAGGGUGGGAUCUGGUCGGUGAUACGUGGGCUGUCGGGAGCGUGAAGACGCCUGAUGGGGACCCGGUCGAUCAGCAGGGCCACGGGACGCAUGUUGCGGGGAUUAUUGCUGGAGAGGCGGAGACGGGUUGGAUGGGCGUGGCGCCUGGGGCGAGGUUGUAUGCGUACAAGGUGUUUGGCGCGGGGGAUGGAACGGAUACGGCGACGCUGAUUGACGCGUUUCUAAGGGCGUAUGAUGACGGGAUGGAUGUGAUUCAUGCGAGUAUUGGAGGUAGGGGCGGGUUUGCGGAGAACGCGUGGGCGGUGGUGGCGAGCCGGAUCGCGGCGGAGGGGGUGGUGGUUACCAUCUCCGCGGGCAACUCGGGCAACGGCGGCGCGUAUUACGCGAGCAGCGGCAGCUCGGGGGAGAAUGUGAUUGCGGUGGCGAGCGCGGAGGUCAAGAGAAACGAGGGCGGGCAGGUGAUCCAGCCGAGUUACUUCACGAGCUGGGGCGGGUUGUAUGAUUUGAGCGUCAAGCCGGAUAUUGCGGCGCCGGGGACGGAUGUGUUCAGCACGUGGCCUGGGGGCGAUGGGAACGAGUUCGUGCUGCUUAGCGGUACGAGUAUGGCUGGACCGUAUGUUGCGGGCGUGGCGGCGUUGUACGUCUCCAAGCACGGCGGACGGGAUGUGCACGGCAAGGAGUUUGCGAAGGAUCUGGCGAUGAGGGUCGUCUCUUCCGGUGUUUCGUUGCCGUGGCUGCUGUACGGCGGGGGCUCGGAUGAGGCGUACCGGGCACCUUCGCAGCAGGUCGGCGGCGGGCUGAUUGAUGCGAGGAAGGUGUUGGGAUACGGCACGAGUCUGGAGUUGACCAGGUUCGGGCUGAAUGAUACGGCCAACUUUCGGGCGAGCCAGGGGGUGACGGUGCGGAAUGGCGGGAACGAGAGUGUGAAGUACAGCUUUGAGGUGGAGAGCUGGGCUGGGUUUGAGAUGCUGAGGCCGUUUGAUGCGAAGGAUGUAAUGGAGACGCCGAGGAUGCGGUAUCGGCCGGAGAUGGUGCCGUCGAAUAUCACCGUGACGGCGGGGGUUCCUGAGGUGUUCGAGUUGGGCCCCGGAGAGACGAGGAAGGCGGAGUUUGCGUUCGAGAUUCCGCAGGGUGUCAAUGAGACGGCACUCCCGGCUUAUGGUGGCCGAGUCCUGGUCAAGGGGAGCAACGGAGAGACUGUCGCUGUUCCAUUUCAGGGGCUGGCAUUCGACUUGAAGGAACAGAUGCAGAGCGCCUUUCACGGCACAUAUCCGUGGUUGAGAUCUACGAGUGCUUACAGCAACAAGACGACAUUCAACUUCAACACUGCCACCGGUUCGCAAGACUUCCCCAUGAUGUUCAUGAAGAUCAAGUGGGGCACCAGAGAAGUCAGAUGGGACAUCUAUGAAUCCGGCUUCGAGAACGAGCGCGACUGGGAGUACCCGCCUGUCCCUAGACGAAAGGGGUACAUCGGGUCGGCGACGUCGUGGUCUUCAGCUGGCAAUGUGGCAAGCUUCAACCCCGCUCGUCAUAAUGCCAGCGAUACCUUCUCCUUCCCGGUGACGGACCAAGGCCGGAAUGCGUUGACUACUGGCGGCUUCACGACGGCCUAUUACUGGUUCGGGAAGAUGGCGGAUGGCACGCAGAUUGCCCCUGGCAACUACACGUAA